GCAACAUGGCCACCUUUCGACAUGAACAUUUGAAUCGGUGACUGACCAAGAACGGUACUACUACGUAAACGUAAAUAAAUAUUAUUCGCAAACGAGUGCUAAUUAAUUGGAACAAUUCGAAUCAAUUGUAGUGUUAAUUGAACAAAUUUAAUGUCGGUCCAAUAAUUCGCUCAGUUAAUUGUAAUUGCGUCAAUGAUUUGGCCAAAAUCGUGAAUAUUGAAGGCAGGUGCGAUUGUGGAAUAUAUUGUUUCCCGUGAAAAAUAAGAGUUUUUUUUUGUGUUGUGUCAUCUAUCAACCUAGUUCUGUUUAUAUUUAUUUAUUUUUUUAGUUACGUUGCUAACCCUCCCGUUAGUUCAUGGAUAAAUAAAUGGUAAAAAGUGAAUUUUGUGGAAAUCUUGAAUCGAAAAAUAGAAAAAUUGGAAAAAGGAAAAUAUAAAUUUGCAACAAAAAAAAGAAGAAGUUCAAAGCCAAAAAAAAUUGCUAGUUUUUUAAUGUAACAGUGAUAAUGAUCGUAAAAGUGAUGAUUUUAUAAUUCUUUUGUGCUUUCUUUUACAAGGAUAUGCAUCGUCAGCAAAAUCAGAACAACUCAACUGAUAUCCUUAACAAAUUAAAUGGCUGCGGCUAGCUCCGGCACCUUACAAAUACAAGGAUCUGUGCCAUCAAUAUCCCAAUCACAUCUACACCAACAACAGCAACAAUCAUUUCAGCAAAGAUUGUCUUAUGUACAGCGAUCCGGUAGUCAGUUGAAUGUUGUUAGCGGAUGCGGUCCGGUAACCGUUUCAGCAAUACAACAAAGAGGUCCUAACGUCGCGCCUGGAUGGCGAAGACAAGUCAAUAAUGGGGAAAUUAUUUAUAUAAGUCCGUCAGGUGCGGUCCUUAGAAACUUAGGACAAAUAAAGGAAUAUUUACUUAGUGCUGGUACAUGUAAAUGUGGAUUACCUUGCCCGCUCCGGCCGGAUUAUUUUUUUGAAUUCAACUCUCAGGUUCCUAAUGUUAAACUCCAAAUACCUCUCGAAGAUGCUGGCACAAUACGCACAACGUCUUGCCUACAUCAAGCCAGAUUAUUGGGAAGCAAUAAUUUAUUGCCAAAAGAUACAUCUCCGUCUAAGAAACGUAAAUUGGAUGGUGCCUGGUCGCCUGCCUCGUCAAUAUCAAGCAGUGACUCAACUCGAUCGUCACAAACCACGGCACUUUGCAACUAUGUCGGUAGCCCCAUACCAAAUCAAAUGGUUAUAGCGAAUCCGCGUGUACAGCCGACAAUAAUACAGAAGCGUCAAGUCGUUGGUAUUCCAGCACAACAACACCUUCCUCAACAACAAUCACAGACAGUGGUUUAUCAAAAUCAAAAUGUUGGUGAAAAUAAGGUAGCAAAUGUUACGGUAUCCAGGACGCCACCAUGGCGAAAAAAUUCAAUUGUCAGUCAACACCAAGUAGAUCAACAACAAACGACACAGCAAAUUAUUACAAACUCAAAUGGACGUGUUCCACCUCUACCGCAACAGCAUAUGGUACAACAAUCGAGUCAGCCGCAACUACAACAACAACAACAGCAGCAGCAGCAGCAGCCACAACAACAGCAAACUGCUCCUUGGCAAGAAGAAACAUUGAAACGUCGACCAAUUCCUAAAAAGAGGCCUAAUUUCAAAGAAGACCCUACUGGUUACUUGGACCAUCAAACUGCCAUAUUGCAUAGUUCCAUAUUAAAUGUACAUAGUCCCGAUAUAGCUGAAAAUAGCAACCAAUCGACAAUAUCUAAUUCAAAUGUUAGCUACCAAUCUGAGCCAAAGCUUUCUAACCAAUUGAACGUAUCUACGCCAAAUAACGACAGCGUCCAACCACAUACGAUCGGUUCAGAACAGUCAUUAUCUGUGAUGCAACAACAUCAACAUAAUCAAAAUGUUUUUAUUCAACAACAACAGCAACAAUCAGGCGUAGAGUCUGCAGGUGGAAAAACACAACCCCAUGUGAUUAUUGGUUCGAAUGGUCAACCAAUACGAAUACUUCAAAAUGGCCAAAUAAUUUAUUCGAAUCCGACAAUGCAAUCCGUCAAAGUCCAAGACACCCAAAAUAAUGCAUCUACUGGAAUUGUUUCUUCCGGUCCGCGUAUUAUUAGUGAUGAAAUCAUUCAACCGGUGCAAACUACGAAUGUCCAUCAGCAAGUCUUCCAACAACAAAACGCUCCACGAAUGAUGGCACCACAGCAAAUCAUACCUCAAGGUCAAAUGGAACCCGUUCAAAUACAACACAAUCGACAGGUUCUUCAACAACAACCGCAACAACAAGCGUCUUCUGGACAAACUCAAAUUAUUACUGUGCAGCAACACGUUCCAACUAGUCAACCAUUUGCUAUGAAUCAAUCUGUCCGCCAGCCACAUCCACAAAGCAUUGUUCAACAGCAGGCUGUCAACAGAAGUCACCAGGAUCAUCGGAUCAUAAUGCCCAGUUCAAAUCAAACUGACAGCAACCAGUCAAUGGAAUUAUCAAUUGGUGGACAAACCGUGACUCAUCUUCCAAAUGGAAUGGUUCAAGUGCAACAAAACUGUGAUAUCGCUCAUAUGAAGCAGCAACAACAGAUACAACUCCAACAACAGAUCCAACAACAAAAUAUGUUAUUUAGACAGCAGCAAGAGUUACAACAGAAUCCUCGUCUCAAAGAUCAAUACCAAACAUGUAACAGUACUCAAGACACAAUUCGUCAGCAACAUCAAGUCAGCACACGUACUGUCGCUACAUCUCAAGAAUCUCCCGUUUCGUCAAGCACCACUUACCGAAACAAAAUAAUUGAGAAAAGAUCCUCGUCGAAAGGACCAGCGCAGGUUGGAGCAAUUUCCACCAGUAAUGAAAGUCCACCUGCAACUUCUUCCUGUUCGUCACCGGCCGAUUCUCCAGAAUCUCUACAAGCUCGAACUGUGACUUCAGCGGCUGCAUUGUGUCCACCAAAAAUACAAACAGGAGGAAUUGUAAGGAGCCAAACAACCGGCAAAAAUACUAUUACGUCUGUGCUGGCUGGAAAAGCAAUGACAUCUACCACAACCACCAAUCAUGGAUUCGGAAAGCAAAGUGGUAAUGCAAAUGAAAAAGACACAGCACCAAACACCUUCGACCGUCAAAUCGUUCAUGUAUCUUCGUCGCAGAUGGUUCAAAUUCCAUCAUCGGUGCACCAAGCAAAGAUCAGCACAGCAGGCUCGAAUCAAAAUAGACCAAUCGCCUCUAUGAUCCAAAAUUGUGUUCCAGUUUCGGCGGCUCUAACAAAUUUGCAGUUGCAACCAAUAUGUCGCGGCGAGCCAGGUAGCCAAAUUAUUAUGACGUCGUCGGGACAGAUUUUAGUUAUGCCACCACAAAGUAAGUCGUCCAACAAUCAGAUGAUUAUUAGCGGCGGAAAUGGAUCGUCGCUAGUCAUGAAUAAUUCACCGCAAGGAGUUGUUAUCAAUCAACAAGGACAACAAAUUCUGAGUGGUGAUAUGAUUCACGGCAUAAACAAUCAAGUGUUGGAUGGUCAAUCCGCUAAUAUCUUACAAAAUUCGGGUAACCAAGUCGUCAUACAAGGUCAAAAUCUGAUGUCUGGAAAUGGAAACCGUGUAAUUGGUUCGAAUAAUUCCAAUUUUAUCGUCAAUUCAACGAACAAUAUGCAGCCGAUGAUCAUCAACAAUUCGAACAUCAUAUCUCACAACGGAAAUGUCCUGCAACAAGGCCAGAAUGUCAUUCAUGGGAAUCAAGGAAAUCUCAUUAGCGGAACCAAAGUUAUUUCAAGUAACGGCAACAUAUUGAACGGUUCGAACAUCAUAUCCAACCAGUCAAACGUUUUGGCAUCGAAUAACCAAAUCAUUGGUAACAGUAACUCAACGAACCUUAUUUCACCCAAUGGUACCGUUGUCCUUCCAAACGGUUACGUCCUUCAGCCGCACCAAUUUACUACAGUUGACGGUCAAGUUGUAAAUGUGAUCAAUCAAGACAACGGCACGCAUCAAUUUAUCCAAUCAACACAGCAACGAAUUAUUUUGUCACCAGACUCGAAACGGCGAGCUAAGAAAAGAAAAAGCAGUUCUGGAACACCGCCAACGCCACACAGUCUGUCGCCGCAACAAUCUCCGACGAUUCAGCAACACAGUCCAACAAUUGUUCAACAGAAUCAAUCGGGUGCAAUGCUUCAAAUAACUCCACAAUAUCAACAGCAAAGCUUCCAAAUCAGUCCCGGUAUGUCGGGCAUUACGCUCGUUCAAAAUAAACCGCAAACGAAUUCGGGACCUCAACAACAAAUUUUGCUCCAAAAUGGACAAACGAUCAUCCAGCCAUUGAAUAUUAUCGGUCAACAACUGUUAGUACCAGCUGGUUUGAUGGUUGCGCCCGACACAACCCUGCUUCAAAUACAAAAUGUUGGACCUUGUGGAAGUAUUCUCACUCCGCAGGGUAUGAUGAUACGUGCUUCUAGUCCACAAAAUAAAAAUUUCCUGUCGCCGAACAGUGGCGGCCAACAAUUCAUUGUGAGUGGAAAUGGACAGAUCAGCCCCAUCGGACAAAUGUAUAGUACGCCAAUGGGACUGGUUGUACCUCAAACAAAUUCGAAUAAUAGCGGACCGACCUACGUGCAACAAAACACCACCAUUCUUCAGCAGCAAACUACAAUGAUAAAUAGUGCAAAUGGCAACGGAGGAAGUAGCAACGUCGAUGCGGAUAUUCGUUCGCAAAAUCAACAGUCCAUGUCCCAAUCUCAGCAACAGCAACACCAUCAUCAUAGGACUGUUUCUGUUUCGCCACCGGAUACAACGACACAUAGUCCCAGAAGUCCCGAACGACCGCCCAGUCAGAGAAGUAAUGGUAGCGACACAAAUAUGGUACAAUGUGUGUCUAGCUCAGAACCGGAUGCCGUUUCACCGGUUGCUGACAGUGCCCGGUCACCGUCCAACAAUUCAGACUACGAACGUAGCGGCGGUAUUUCGUAUCAACAAAAUACAUUCAAACCGUCGGAUGCCAAAAUUAGACGAAUUCAAACGCCUACACAACUAUCCAACAGUCAUGUAAUUACGCAGGGAAAUCAAUCUAAAAUGAGACCCGAUUCACAUGAAUCUCCUUCAACACCAACAUUAUGUUCAACUGCUACAUUUUGUAUUGGUGAACUAGUUUGGGGCGCUGCUCGAGGUCAUCCGGCCUGGCCUGGUAAGAUCGUUAGUCCACCUGAAACGUAUAAAGGUGUGGCAACAUCCAGUGAUUCGACAUGGGUUCAAUGGUUUGGAGGACGGCCGAAUGUUGAAUUGGUCUCGAUAAACUCACUGAAAAGCUUGUCGGAGGGAUUGGAGGCCCACCAUAAAGCUCAAAAGGAUACGAGAAAGAGUCGAAAAUUAAAUUCCCAACUUGAGUGCGCCAUCCAGGAAGCAAUGGCCGAACUAGAUCGUACCGUCACCGCUACAUCGUCGACGCCGACAACGCCAUCGAAUCGAAAUAAAGCUCGCACGUUGAAACCGACGUCUACGCAGCAACGAACCAAACCGGUUAAAAUCGCACCAGCACCACCCAAUUCAACAACCCAUUUGCCAGCGAAAUAUUUGCGACAGAGCAAAUGACCGUUGGAAUUGUUGCAAACGAAAAUUAUGCCAGCAAAUUUUUGCUUCGGUUGGGGUUCAAGAUAAUUUCGUUGUUAGUUUGGUUUUGAACCGAUGCAUCAUCCUUGAUAAUUUGAUGUAAUAUUUGGACAGCCGACUGAAUAUUUUUGAUGAGAUAAAUUGUAAAGAGUCAACGAUAAUAUUUAAUACAACAAUCGAGUCAUCAGAAUUCCUCAGAGAGCACAUACCAUUAUAUUGUGUUACGUUGCUCA